AUGACACUCUUGUCGGGCCAGAGAUUCCCGAGGGACAUCCCGAUCAUGAGGAAGAUCGAGGAGUGGACGGUUUUCCUCGAGGUUUUUCCAGAAGAAUACUGCACAAUUGGAACCGUCAAUCUCAAAGCUUUUUUUUCGCGGAUAGAGAAGAAUAGGCCGCCACCUCAGCGAGGGAUCGUGACCAGGGACAGACCACAGGCUUUGGAAAGUAGGCUUGUGAAAGGCUUAGUGGUGGUGAAGAUAAGAAAAGGAGAUGAUCUCGACAAAACCUUGGACUCCGCUGGGUGCCGCGAAGACCCAUUAUGCACUCGUAGAGAUAAUGACCCAAAGGACUCAGUUGUGGUACGGGCCCUUAACAGUACAUUAAGUGCCGCUCUAAAUCACCCGCCCGUGCCUAAGGGCUUCUCUACAUUACCGCUAUCGCGAAGGGAAUCGCUUAUCUAA